UCUCUGUGUGUGCAAAUAUAAACACGCAGAUUUACUACAUUUUAGGGUUCGAAGCUCUCUCUUCUCUCUGUCUCUGUCUAGAGACAGGAAGUGAACACAGAGAAAGAGAAAGGAAGGGGGGGUUGGGAUACCAAUGGCGUUUUGCUAAAACUGUCGCCUUUCGCUUUGUGUAUGUGUGUGUGUAGACUGAGAUGGACGAAGAAAUGGAGGAUUCGAUGGAGCUCUCCUUCACCGUUUAUGAAAUUGACCUUGACUACGAGUUCGACGCGUACCGGUACUUCGAUUUCACGCGUGAAGAGUCCGUAGAUGAGGCUCGCGAGGCCGAGCGCUGGUUCGAAAAUGCGGGAAGCUACCCGCCUUCUCCUUUUGUAACACAGUUAAUGCUGCGGGAGGACAUUCUGCAGGAAACUGUUAAUAGUUCCCCGAAGUCUAAAGAAAUGGUGGAUACCACUAUGACUCAUGCUAAAGCUGAAACUGGCUUGGGGCAAGGUUGUUCUAUAAUGGAGAUGAAUGGCAGAGACUGCGAAGUGAUGAAUGGAGGAAUUUUAAUGAAGUUGCAAAGUGGCAGUCUGCAAAAAUUUCAGAAUCGACUCCAACAAUUAACCACAGGUUUGACAUUUUAUAAUCCCAUGACAAAUGAUAAUUCAAAACCUAAAGUCAGGCCCACUAUGAAACCAUCUGUUCCAAGGACCUCGACUUUGAUGAAGCCAACAGCAAGUCAGUUGGCCAAACAAAAUCAACCUCGGAAAGUUAGUGACUCCAGAAAUUUGAGUAAUCCUUUUGCAAUCGAGUGUCAAGCAGCUAAGAGACAAAAGCUAGAAGGAGGUCUCGUGCAUAAGGUUGAUGAUGCGAAGCAACAAAGUAAUCUGCUUCACAAGACACCUAGAAAGGAUGGAGCUAAUGAUGAAAACUCUGGAUUUGGUAAGUUGAAGAUUACUAUUCCUAGAGAGCCUGACCUCGAAACAGCACACAGGGCGCAAAGGACAAGGCCAAAAAGUACAGUAGAACCUGAUUGUUUAGCAUCAACCUUCCGAAAAUUCAAAGCUCUUCCACUGAACAGAAAAAUUCUUGAGGCUCCUUCAUUAUUGCUUCCAAAGAGAAGCAUUCCUCGGCUGCCAGAGUUUCAAGUAUUCCAUCUAAAGACAUCACAGAGGGCCAUGCAUCAUACUUCUGCUGUUUCAUCAUCCUCCGUUUGUGGUAGCAAUACUGAUAAGGUGUUGGACAAACCUUGCACUGAUCAAGUUACAGAAUGCCCAAAUGGAGAAUCAAGAAGAUUGAAUUUUACUGAUGUUCCAAGACAGGAGGGACAGGAACAUGUUCAUAACUUCAAAGCUCGCCCCUUGAACAAGAAGAUAUUUUCAAGUAAAGGGGAUAUGGGAGUUUUCAGGAACAGCAAGAAGGAAACUACAGUACCCAUGGAAUUUAAUCUGCACACCGAAAAGAGGAGCGAGCAUAAUCCGCCAAUUGAACUCUUUAACAAGCUUUCUCUGACUGAGCUCCAAACAAAUGCUGCAUCUCAGUUAAAAUCACUUCGGCCUAGCCCCACACCUCCUAAGGGCUCAAAAGAAAAUAGGCUUGGUUCAUUUCAACAAGAGCAUGAGAUAAAAGCUUUGGUCAGAGAAAAACCACCCAGGUUUUCUGAGAAGCAGGCCUCAGUUUGGUGCCAUGGAGGAGUCUCUGAAGUUAGUUCCGCAUCCGGCACGAGCAGGAGUUUGGGCAUCCGCUGAGAGGAGAAAACUUGCGGACUGAUUUGAGCUUAGCUAUGGGAAUGGGAAGCCAGCCAGACAGCAUACAGCAGACAGCAUCAAAGCUGUGCUAUUACUCUAAUUCACUGAAUGCUGAAUAUUGACAAGAAGCAGCAGUACAUAAAGGUUAUGCAAAUUAAAAUGCAACAUCCCGAAAAGCAUGCAUACAGCCGCCUUAACUUUAGGAACCAUUCUUUCACUCCCUUGUAAGGAUCGCAUCACACUAAAGAAUAUGUCAAAUAGUUGCCACCUACCUCUCUAUUUAUAUACUUUUGUCAUCCACCUCGUUCAAAUAUAUCCAAUAAAAUUUGAAGGCUAGUUUUAUACAGCCCUUUGCCUCGCUCGGACUCUUU